AUGUUUGGACGAUUUAGAGUUGAACCUGUCAGCGUUUCCACUGAGUCCAGUGUAUCUGGCUCCUCUUCCUCUGGGGGAAGAAGCUCGCCGGCAAUUUCGGUUGAACCCGAACCCCGCCUCCACCAUCGUUGGGUAUUUCUUACAUAUUUCCAAUGUUCCCUUGAAUCGAAAAAUGAUUUCGAAGAAGGCUUUAGCGAUAUGCUACAGCGCAAUGAACUUACUUCAUCUACGUAUUACGGAUGUCGAGAACACCAUGCAACCGAAGGUAUCCAUUACCAUGUCUUGGUAAAUCUUGGUAAACAGCCCAACUGGAGUUUCAAGACUGCGCGGUCGAACUUUAUCGUGCUGAACAACGAGUGUGACUCGUUGCACAUUGUAUCUACACCCCGAGCGGAGCAGAAGAUUUCUCAAUACAUUGAUGACCACGUCAAGUAUUGUGAAAAGGAGAAAGGAGGCGACUGUUUUGGCCAACGGCCAAUCACUUCUGUCGAGAAACAACAAGAGCUGAAGCGGAUAUGGGAGGAAAUAGGGUCCCAGCCGGAUGCACCAGCAAAUAUUGCGAAGCUCAAGAAAUAUUUUCCUGGGGUUAUUCAAGCUUUACAAUUGCUCCAUGACUGA